AGUUCUGUAGUGAUUCAGUUCUAUCAUUGCAAACAAAGUGGUGCAACGCGUAAGAUAAAAUCCCCAGAACUUGAUUAUAACGUUUCUGUACUUCGAGACAUCAUUCAUUCAGUUAAUUCGUAUCAGUAAUCAAAUCAGUACCGAAUCUAGUUGUGACAAUGCUCAGAGUUGGGAUAUGUGAUGCACUUCGAGUUCUUCUCCUAAUAUCAGCUGCCGUACCUUCUAUUAUUGCCCAAAUCCCAGGCAUUGGACGAUGUCCACCCAAUGUCCAAGUACAAAGCAAUUUCCAACUCCCUGACUUCCUUGGACAAUGGUACGAAUACGAACGCUAUCCAUUCAUCUUCGAAGCGGGAGGAAAAUGCACUUACGCAAGAUAUGCAUCCCUGCCAAAUGGAACUGUUUCUGUGUAUAAUUUCAACAUUAAUUCCAUAACCAACAGAAAAUCAGACAUCUCUGGAACGGCUAAGGUGAUGGCUCCGGCAAAGCUUCUUGUACGGUUCCCUGGAAUGCCAGAUUUUGUGAGUGGAUCCAAUUACUGGGUUCUCGGGACUGAUUACACCAGCUACGCAGUUGUCUAUUCUUGUACGGACUUCUAUAGUCUCUUGAAUACAAAAGUUAUCUGGGUUCUAACAAGGGAACGGAAACCGAGCGAGUCGGUUAUUUCACAAGCCAGACAAGUUAUAGAUGACAACAAACUAUCAAAACUAUUUCUAUUUAAAACAAACCAAGACAAUUGUCCUGAAAGUUAAUUUUUGAAUUUUUUGGAAUACAAAUUUGAUACAUUUCAUAAUA